GUUGACAGGCGGAAUUCGCAAGAAUGGCGGCUCUCCUGGACUUGCGGUCUCUCUCACUUUUCUCUUCCUGGACGAGGGGAGAUUUCUUUCUGCUUCUCGUGCAUUGCUUCGUCAAGUGCUGAGAAAGGCAACGCGUCCACUCAGUGCCUGGCGCUCUCAAUUCAGCUGUGCCGACACCCGCCUCGACGAACGAGGCCGCUCGCAAUGGGCAGUCUCACGGUGGAUGCACACGCAGCUGCCACUCACACGAAAAGUUUGACAUUUGCAAGCAACGCCUCCACUGAAACCUUGUAUGCAUGCAUCAGCUGUAAACAUUCGUGGUUUCGUUUCUAUGGAUCUAUAGGUAUAUGUACGUAGAUGAAAGCAUAGACAAUGCGCGUUUGACUGUGUGUGUCAAGAGAGAGAGAGAGACAUGUCGAUGUGUACCUGACGAGGAGAGGACGCUGUUUCAGAAGUGCUUGCGUCUGUAUUGAUGUCGGUAAAAGUUGUGUUGCCGAGUGCAGGAAGUGCGCCUUCUAAAUAUAAAUUCUUUUUCAGCAGAAGUCGUCGUUUUCAACAAUGAGGACGCCGUCAGCGUUUUCUCCUUCCUCUCCGGCCUCUCCUUCUUUCUGCUCUUCUCUGUCACCUCCUCGCCUUUCCUCCACUCGAGCCGCCCUAUUCUCUCGACGCUGUGGAUCCCCACCGCGUUUUUUGCCUCCUCAGACGGAGGCUUUUUCUCCUCCGUCGCGUUCUCCUCCCUCUUCUCUCUCUUCCCAUCUGGAGUCCGCCUCGUCGGCCAUGACCCUCGUUGCCUCCCGGUCUGCUUCUCUUUCCCCUUCUUCUCUUGCCUCUUUCUCUUCCUCUCUCCCGCCUUCACCCUCGGGCCAUUCGGCUUCGCCCUCCGGUCUCACACAGCUCUCUUUCUGGCUUACUCCUUUUUCAGGUGCAUGCGUUAUAGACUCUUCUUCUCGGCGCCGCUCUCUCCUGGUCUCUGCGUCACUUCGUCUCUUCGGCACCGCCUUCCUCCCGCCGGCUAUCUCUCCCGCUGCGGCUGCGGCUGAGGCGCGGGUCUCUCCCUCUCUUCUUUCUCCGCCGUCUUCAAAAAUCACUCCUUCGCGUUCGCCGUCUUCUUCUCUCGCUUCUUCUCGUUCGUGUCCGUCCUCUGCUUCGCCUCCUUUUUCCUCUCCUGCGUUCGUUUCUUGUUCGUUUUCCGAGCACACGGUGGAGGUGGCGACAGAGCCUUCUUCGGCUCUCCCGUCGCCGGGCGUGAGCGGAGGCGAUGGUGCUUCUCUCUUUCUUGAGAGAAGAGAAAGCGGACCUUCUCUUCUUCCGCCUGACAUGCUGCCUGACACGCGCGGCCUGGUCUACGCAAUUCACCACGGAGAGCCUCUACCGCUCCUCGCAGUGCGGCUCUGCAGACAGCAGCGAGUUCAGGAGCUGGCCGCGAACAUUGCGCAGCGUCUUUUGGACGCGUUGACGGAGGCGGAGGAGCGGCGAAAGGGAGCGACAUGGGAGGAGGAGAGACGCGCCUCGCGGGCAGCAACUCGGCAGGGCGAGGAAGGAAGUUUGAAGAAGCUUCUGGACUGCUCGACGUUCAGAAGUGGCGAGAGAAACCGGAAACAGAGCCUCAAGGCUGACGCGGGCAACGCGCGAAAUCGCGAGAACGAGUCGCCCCAGGAGCGCAUUCGGUGCUACUGGCCGAGCGUCGAAGACGAGACUUCCAAGAUGAGUGUCUUCUUUCGAGAGAUGCACGCCACGCUCUACCUCCUCUUCGAACCAAGGCUCUUCUCUCCUUCUCCGUUUCUUUCUUCUUCCCUUGCGUCCUCUCCUUCUCCGUUUCUUUCUUCUUCCCUUGCGUCCUCCCCUUCUCCGUUUCUGUCUUCUUCCCUUGCGUCCUCCCCUUCUCCGUUUCUGUCUUCUUCCCUUGCGUCCUCCCCUUCUCCGUUUCUGUCUUCUUUUAGUGGGGACAGAGAGGCGAGCGGAGAGGGCGGAGAUCGUGUACUGGCGGACCGCGUCCACGGCGAAUCUGUUUUCUCGCUUCUGAAUCCGCGCGUCAUGGAGAUGGUCGUUCCUUCUCUCAAGCAGGGGAGGCGUCUGCACCUGCUUCUCGCCUUUCUCCACUGCGUCGAAAGCUACUUCGCGCUGCACACCUGCAGCAAGAAGACCGUCGACCCAAAUCGUCUUUUGCUCGCCGUCGGUCCUGCCCGAUUCCUGCUUCUUCUUUCGCGUCUGGGAUUUCUGCCUUCUUCUUCUUUGUCUUCUUCUUUGUCUGGUCUUGGUGAGCUCGAGUUGCCGCGCCUGCUCUUCCAGCGUCUCUCGGCUGCGUCGGUGGACGCGCUGCUCCUCGAGUUGUUGAAGCACCCUGGCGGUAACGCGUUCGAGGCCAUCAAAGUCGUUUCCCUGCUGCGUCUGCUGGAGAAGACAGAGAGUCUGGACGCGCCGCUGAAGGGAUCCAGGUGGACGCUCCAGGCUGUGGCAGCCAGCGUGAGCAGUCGGAAGUCGGAGUCUCUUCUUCUCGCCUUUCUCCGCUCUCUCGCGCCGGCGAAGGAGACCCGCGGACGCGCGGUCGCGGCGGCCUGCAGAGGCGUUCUCGGCGAAGACGAAAUCCGGCGGGCAGAGGAAGAAGAACGCGGAGAAAAACUCGCUCUCGAGGCCUGCGCAUGGCUUGCGAGAAAAGCGGCGGUCACGGGCGAAGUUGCAGACCCUUGGGGGUACAUGGUCUCUCGCAGUUUCUUGCUGAGUCGCCUUCGCCAGCAGGCACACACUCCCGCGGCUCUCGCACUGGACUCUUCAGCAUGUCGUUCGCAGGAAGGGCAAGAGGUAGAAGGUUGGCAGCAUGGAAGAGCAGAAAGAAGGCGCGAAGAACGCAAAGCACAGGGAGACGAGGAGGUGAUAGAGGAAGAGGAAAAUGAAGUGAAAGACACAGAAGAAAAACUGGAAGGCGAGGGAUGCGGGAAGGCGGUGAAGCGCGCGCGGGGGCGGUGUGCAGGACGCACGGCUGCCCAGGUAGUAGUAGUAGAAGAGAGUCGGCGUGUAUGUCCUCUCGAAAAACAGGGACUCAAGACUUACGCAUGUGCUGUCCACGAAGAACCAGACCCGGCGAAAGAAAUCGAGGAAGAGGAAACCGACAUGGAAGAGGACCUUUUAAGUCUCCCAAGUCUGGCCGACAGCGCCGCUGCUCCCACAAGACAAGCGGAUUGUUUUUCGACUUCUUGGAAGCUGCCGCCAGAAGUCACUCCUCAGACAGAAGACCCACCAAGCUCUAAUGAAGACGCUCCACUUCGCUCGCCUUCUUCUUCUCCUUCUUCUUCUCCUUCUUCUUCCACUUCCUCCUCUUCCUCCUCUUCUUCUUUUCGUCCUCUGUCUUUGCCCUGGGGUGUCGACCGAGUGCUCUUUCUCGACACUGUGGAAGGUUUGACUGGACUGUUCGCGUUUCUCCGUUCGUCGCAGGAAGCGUCUUGUCGCGCGUUGUCUGCCGAAGAGACCGCUGGCUGCUCGCUUCCGCCGCAGGAGGCGCUACGGUGUACAGCCAGCGAUGCGAAAGGUCCAGCAGAGGCGCCGGCAGAAGAGGCCGCCGUGCACGCCUCGCCUUCUGUUUCUCUCUCCACAGAGCGAGACGGUGCCCUCGCGGAGAGUCAACGCCGGAAGGCAAAGAGUGGAGAGGAAGAAAAGAAGCGAGCGAAGAAGAAAAACGAUGCACACGUUGCUGGCGAAGUGGAGAUUGGAGAGCUGACGUCGUCGAGACUCGCUGAGUCAUGCGUAUCGCAGUCUCGGACGAGGGCGCAGAUCUCCUCCGACGCUGUUCUCUCUGAAGCGGACGCAGCUUCAGACACCUGUGGGGUGUCUGUCUCCGUGCUUCCAGUCCUUCCCUCCCUCGUUCCCUUCCGUCCCUUCGUCGUCGCGCUCGACCUGGAGUGGACGCUGCCGCAUGCAGCGAGUGUGCUGUCGCUGGCGACGGAGAGCCGAGUCUUUCUGGUCGACUUGGUGAACGAUAAUCCAGUCUAUAAGGCGACGCUUCUGCAGAUGCUGCGCUGGCUUUUCGCGAAUCCCUUCAUUGCGAAGCUGAUGUACCAAGCCUCCGGAGACAUCACAAAGUUGUUCUUCGCGCUGGGCGCUGUCGGCAGCCCAGGCGCCCUCGUCCACUGCAUCGACCUCAGGCACCCGCGAGUCUGGAACUCCCCAGCCUCGUCAGAAGGAGAGACGCGAAGGACGCCUGAAUGGGCAAAUUCCCUGCCUUCGCCGGCAGAAGCGCGCGGCCCGCUUGUGUCUCCUUCUUCCGAUCCAAGUCUGAAACCGGGUGCCGCUCCAGCAGGAAACACGCGAGAGAGGCGGGAGGCGACGGCGAAGACGAAAGAAGGAGCACCAAGCUGUAGGGGGGAAGACGCAGGUGCAGAAGAAAAAGAAGCAGAUGCGGCAAAGUCUGGGGCAGAAAGUUUUCUCGUUCCUGUCAGGAAAGGCCGCCACUUGGCGAACGCGGAGAGGGAGUUGCGGGAAGGCGUAAUCGCUAAGGAACAUUUCUUGGAGAAGAACGAAGAAGAAACUCCUGAGCGCUACAUGCGGCCGGUCAAGCGACGCUUCCCCAGUCUCCAGGAAAUGUGCCGACAAGUGCUGCAUGCAGACUUGGAUAAAUCUGAGCAGAGGUCGAACUGGAACAUGCGCCCUCUGACGGCAUCUCAAGCGCACUACGCAGCUCUGGAUGCAUAUGUCCUCAUUCUUUUGGAAGCCGCUCUGAGGCGCCAAGGGUGGAUCCCGGGCAACAUUCUCGGUGGUCUCGGCGAAUUCAGUGCACUCAGCUUCCGUGGUCGGCCGUCAGAGUUUCGGAUCCACUAUCAGAAGAACGCCAGCAUGCAGGCAUCUAAGGUCGAGGCGGCUGAAAAGCGGCACUUCAAGUGGCGCGGAUCCUGACAAAUGUGCAUUCGUUUCGAGAUUUACUGCAGUUCCGUGGCCACAGUGAAAAUGAGUCGGUGGAAACCGCGGGAAACAGGUGCGUUUGACUGGCAGCCUUUGUGUCAGUGACUGUCAGUCAGAAAGGCGGAAGUGUGGACCUUUGUGUCGCGGGUCUGCGCCGCCUUUGGGGAGACUGGUACUUGCGAAGAGCGCAGGGAACAUUCAGAGUCAUUUCUAAAAAGUGCUCUGAACCUGAAACGCACACAACCGCACAGACGACGUUUCGU